AUGUCCACCGCGAGGAUCCUGGCCGCCCUGGCUCUGUUCUUGAGCCCAAUGGGAGGUGUCGUAAAAGCCUGGCCCAUAUACUACUCCCAGGUAUCCUCAAGCCUGAGCCGCGCAAGCGCACAAUAUCGAAUCGACCCCGACUGGGCAGCCCAGCAUGUAUUAGCAGGAAGUGCCACAUACGGCCUCAAUUUCCCAGGGGAAUACGACUACGCCGCUUUCUACUGUCAGAACCUCUGCGACGGGACGAGGGGCUGUAUGUCAAUGUUCACGAGCUUCGACAGCAGUAGGCCUGCAGCUCCAAAGUCCUGGGCCGUCUGCACUGUGUUCGAUGCGCCGCUUGAGCCGCGGCUGUACGUCGAUCAAAGCGAUGGAAACUUCCCUGCCGUUGGUGGCUACAACAAGUUUGGCUCGCCCAUUGGAUGA